UGCCGUCGGAGGCUUUGGAAGGUGCUGAGAUUUCCGCUCGUUCUGUCGAUCUCUCGGAGCCUUCACCAUGUUCCUCGCUCAGGCUUUGUUAGGGGCUGCCACUGGAGGAGGAGGUGGUGGUGGCGGCAAAAGCAGCGGUGGUGCUGGAGAGGCCCUUGUGAGAGGACUUGGAGGCCUCCUGGCAGGAGGUUCGGGUGGCAACAAAGGAGGAAACAUUGCCGGGCUGGUUGGCGGGCUCGUGAACAUAAUCAGCGAGGCAGCGGCUCAGUAUACCCCUGAGCCCCCUCCAGAGCCCCGGAGUCAUUUUGCCAAUGUGGAGGCCAGUGAGAGUGAGGAGGUCCGCCAGUUCCGCCGGCUCUUUGCUCAGCUGGCUGGAGAUGACAUGGAGGUGUGCCCUACGGAGCUGAUGAACAUCUUGAACAAGGUGGUGGCCAGGCACCAAGACCUGAAGGCAGCCGGGUUCAGCCUGGACACUUGCCGGAGCAUGGUGGCAGUCAUGGACAGUGACACAACGGGCAAACUGGGCUUCAACCAGUUCAAGUACCUGUGGAACAACAUCAAGAAGUGGCAGUGCGUGUACAAACAGUAUUGCUCUCCCACAUCGGGGGCUAUUGACAUGGCUCGGCUGCCGGCUGCUUUCAAGGCCUCGGGCUUCCGCUUGCAUGAGCAGCUGAAUGCAUUGAUCAUACGCCGAUAUGCGGAUGAGGACGACGGCAGCAUGGAUUUCAACAACUUCAUCAGCUGUCUGGUGCGCUUGGAUGGCAUGUUCCGUGCCUUCAAAGCUCUGGACAGAAGCGGAGAUGGGAAGGUCCAAAUGAACAUUGAAGAUUGGCUGCAGUUGACCAUGUAUUCUUGAGGCUAGGCAACCAGAAAUGUGCAGUACAUGAUACCUGGCCCAGCUUUGGACUGCAGCCAGCUACUUUGGACUAAAUAGCUAGCACCUCCGGAAGCCAGUCCCUUUUUAGUUUGUUUAAGGGAACAGUGAGCACUCAUAUUUGGCUUCCCUCCCCGCUCUUUGUAAAAUGUACUAUUUUGCUGGAAGUUGCUUUGGAAUGGUACAGCUCACCAGUGUGUAUUUCAGAAAUUACUGUAUUUUUUGUAUGCAAGUACAGAUACCUUGUAUGUGCCUCAUACAAUGUACAGGAGCAAACGUGUAUUAAAAUUGCUGAAAAUGUGUUAAAAUUUCCUGAACAGAUUAUUGAGUAUAGGGUGUUUUCUACCCUUUGUGACUGAUGUGUGAUUACUGUUACAUUCUGGAGGGUGGGUUGAGGACGUUAAACAGGCUAAGUGAGGCUUGUCUUGUCGUUGUGUUGGCUUAGGAAUUGCAUCAGGUUGUCUAAGGAAGACUUUAAAUCUCAAGUGAGUGUUAUUAAAAUAUAUGUGGUUUUCUGAGCAAGAAGGAGCUCAGUUAAAAGUAAAUAAAUGUGGAUCGUUAUCCAUGUAAUAUUU